AUGGGCCAGGCGCAGGGCCUCCUCCUCGACGAUGCGGAUCUUAGGCCACUCGGGGUCGAGCCAGAUGAAGCCGCCGUUGGCGAGCUCGUAGAGGGCGGCGAGGGCCCAGGAGCGGCAGGACAGGCCGGUGCGGGGGUCGACGGUGGCGGCGCGGAUGCAGACCUCGACGGCGGCGAGCCACUCGGCGCCGAUGUCGUCGAGCUCACCGACCUUGAGGCCGGCCAGCAGACCCUCGGAGGUCAGCACGUCCUCGUGCGCCUUCAGCAGCUGCCAGUACUUGCCGAUGGGCAGCUGGUGGAACAGCACGCCCGAGCUCUCGCUCUGCGCGACGAACAGGCCCCAGUGGAACUUGCCCUUGGCGCCGGUGUCCCAGAUGAAGAGGUACACGCCCUUGGGCUCGACUCUGGGCGCAGGGCCAAGCCAAGGCUUAGCGCCCGGCGGGUGCUGCUGGUGCUGGUGCUGGUCUUUUUGUUCUUGUGGUUGUGGGUGGUGGUUCGGGGGAUCCUGGGCGGGCGGUGCGGCGGGUUCGGGGGCAGGCUGGACUCCCGCGGCAUGGCGGGCGAGGAGGAUCGGGGGACGGCUCGGGGGUAG